AUGCGACCGCCGGACAACGACGACGAGGACGCACACUCCCCCGGCGACCGCCACCCCCUCUUCGUGGAGGCCGCGUGUCCCCGCGACGACAGCAGCAGCAGCAAUAACAAUAAUAACGGCAGUAGCGGCGGCGGCGGCGGCGGGGAGGAUGCGGUGGCGGCCAACGGUGCGGCGUGCGUGCGUGUCCUGGCGGUGGUGCCGUACACCUUCACCUUCAGCGCGCCCGUGAAGGGGCGUUGGCUCGGGCUCCCGCUACUGACGGUGUUCGCGAAGGAGUUUGCGUACAUCCCGCCCGUCUCGGCGGGCAACACGCGGCCGCGGGCGAGCCUCGAUCCCCGCAUCACGAUCCCUGCGUACGUGGAGGAGCUCCGCGGCGGCCUUCUUUGGCUGCGUGGGCGGGAGGCGGAGUGCCGCGCCGCCGGUGACGCCUACGCCGAGGAGCUGCGCCGCCUGCGCCUGCCCCUGUGCGCCGCCGCAGGCGCCGAGGCGAGCGGGGAGCCACCCGCAGAAAUCGUGGGGACGGGCCCGGACGCGGCGGCCGCGCGGGCGCUGCUGGCCGCCCUGGCGCCACGCCUCCUGCUGCGGCAGAAGGACGUCAUCUUGCACCGUGUGCUGCGUCGCGAGGCGCCGAUGCCGUACGGAGACCCCCUGCAGCUUCUCCGCUACGACCACGUCCCACGCGGUUCCCCUCCCCGUCGGCUGCUGGUUGUUCGCAAGCCGCACGGCCUCCCGGUGCAUCCCUCCGGUCGCUGCCGCAAGAACUCCGUGACAGCCAUCCUGGAGGACGUUUUUGGCGGCGUCGACGCCCACCGCUACUGCGCCGUGCCGCUGGAAGGCGAGGAGGACGUGGCACAGAUGCGGCCGCCACCAGCGGCCGGCGUGGAAUGCGUGGCAAUCCGUCACAAGCGGUACGGCUUUGAGCUUAUCCGGGUGUGGGUGGGCGACGGCUACGUGGCCCGUGACGCGUGGGAGGAGCUGCGGUCGCUGCUGACGCGGCAGCCCGCGCACGGGCUGAAGGCCUUCGUCGUCCACCGCCUCGACACCGCCACCAGCGGUGUGCUGCUCUUCGGCCUCGACUCCGCCAGCGCCCGUGCGACAGCCGAGCUGCUGGCGCAGAAGGGGCCCGCCGACGACACGGACGCAGCCGCGCCGGGGGUUGGCUGCACAAAGCAGUACCUCGCCCGCGUGCAUGGCCGCUUUGACGUCGCCGCACUUGCCGCAACACAACAUCACUGCAGCUGCGCCUCCUCCCUCCCUCGCUGUCUGUCGCAAGCGCUCCGUGCCGGCUCGGGGGACUGCGACGACGACGACGGCGACGAGGCCCGGUGCUGGUUACGUGUGGAGCGGCCAAUCGGGUGCCUGUCGUACCACGAGAGCCUCUACUGGUGCCCCGACGGCGCGCUCACGCGGUCGUGGCUGGAGGCGCGGGGGGCGCGCGAAAAGCUGCAACCGCAGGGCGCAGCGGCGGCAAAGAGGCAGGCGGCGGGGCGAAAGCGCGGCGCCCACUGUGACGCCGCUGCUUUGGAGGCCAAGCAUGAACGCAUGCGGCAGUUGACCGUCGGCGGCCGCGCAACGGAAGCAAGCGAUGCGGGAAUGGGUAGUGAUGCCUGCAGGCGCCCGGACGGGGCCGCCGCGGAGCUUCAGACGCAGCGACUGAAGGAAAGUUUGAAACCGGCGGUUACGCUUCUUCGCCUGCUCGCAUACGACGCCGCCAGUGACGAGUCCGUGGUGGAGUGUCUGCUGCUCACGGGUCGCACGCACCAGGUGCGUGUCCAUUUGGCCUCCGUGGGCCACCCUGUCUGCGGGGACACGAAGUACAACCGCCUCGCUGCUGGCACUCCGUCAGCUCUGUUGCGAGAAGCGCCGCAGGACGAGGCGGGGGAUGCAGAGAGUCUCCUCUCGCACGGCAUUUGCUUGCAUGCCUGGCGCUACACCCUUUGCUACGCGGCGGGUGCGGCACCGGAGGUGCUGGAGGCCCCGCCACCCGCGUGGGGAAGCGUCGCAGGCAACGAUGGAGCAGUGCGAGCCGACGCGCGGGCACCGGCCUGCGCCUGA